CCUUGAAGUUGCACUUAACAUGACUGUAUCUGGAUAACAGAUAAAAUUUUGACCUUAUUAUGCCAACCCUUAAACUAAAGACCAAGAAGCGGGACGUACACCAUGGGAAGAAAAUCGCUGUACCUUCUGAUUGUGGGGAUCCUCAUAGCAUAUUAUAUUUAUACGCCUCUCCCAGAUAACGUUGAGGAGCCAUGGAGAAUGAUGUGGAUAAACGCACAUCUGAAAACUAUACAAAAUUUGGCUACAUUUGUGGAGCUCCUGGGACUUCACCAUUUUAUGGAUUCCUUUAAGGUUGUCGGGAGCUUUGAUGAAGUCCCACCAACCUCAGAUGAAAACGUCACUGUGACUGAGACAAAAUUCAACAACAUUCUUGUUCGGGUAUAUGUGCCAAAGAGAAAGUCUGAAGCACUAAGAAGGGGGUUGUUUUACAUCCAUGGUGGAGGCUGGUGCGUGGGAAGUGCUGCUCUAAGUGAUUAUGACUUGCUGUCAAGAUGGACAGCAGACAGACUUGAUGCUGUUGUCGUAUCAACCAACUACAGAUUAGCACCUAAGUAUCAUUUCCCAAUUCAAUUUGAAGAUGUAUAUAAUGCCUUAAGGUGGUUCUUACAUAAAAAAGUUCUUGCAAAAUAUGGUGUGAACCCUGAGAGAAUCGGUAUUUCUGGAGAUAGUGCAGGAGGGAAUUUAGCUGCAGCAGUGACUCAACAGCUCCUUGAUGACCCAGAUGUCAAGAUCAAACUCAAGAUCCAGUCUUUAAUUUAUCCUGCCCUUCAGCCUCUUGAUGUAGAUUUACCAUCAUAUCAAGAAAAUUCAAAUUUUCUAUUUCUAUCCAAAUCACUCAUGGUCAGAUUCUGGAGUGAAUAUUUUACCACUGAUAGAUCACUUGAAAAAGCCAUGCUUUCCAGACAACAUGUACCUGUGGAAUCAAGUCAUCUCUUCAAAUUUGUUAAUUGGAGUUCCCUGCUCCCUGAGAGGUUUAUAAAAGGACAUGUUUAUAACAAUCCAAAUUAUGGCAGUUCUGAGCUGGCUAAAAAAUAUCCAGGGUUCCUAGAUGUGAGGGCAGCCCCUUUGUUGGCUGAUGACAACAAAUUACGUGGCUUACCCCUGACCUAUGUCAUCACCUGUCAAUAUGAUCUCUUAAGAGAUGAUGGACUCAUGUAUGUCACCCGACUUCGCAACGCUGGGGUUCAGGUGACUCAUAACCAUGUUGAGGAUGGAUUCCACGGAGCAUUUUCAUUUCUGGGACUUAAAAUUAGUCACAGACUUAUAAAUCAGUAUAUUGAGUGGCUAAAGGAAAAUCUAUAGUAAAACAUGUAGCUAUAACAUAUUUUAAAAAUAAAGUAAAUCUCAAAACCUCAGAAAAUUUGCAUUAGAAAUUGGUCUUUCUUAGAAUGGUCUAGUUAAGUUCCACAUGUAGCAUAAUUCUUAAAUAGGCAGUUUUCUGUUUUUUUUUCUGACUGUGGGAUUUCAAUUUUCUACAUUGUCUAUCUGCUUUUUCUGAGAUUUUCCUUCUUACGCUAUUAAUCUUAUUUUAAAAAAUAUUACAUUCUUGUAUACUUUAUUUUUGUGAGUUGGCUACUAUUUAUGAUGCAGGAGAAUAAAUGUGAGCAAAUAUUGCCCAUCUGAGUAAUGUCAAGAUUCUAUUCAAUGUUCAUUUAUAACGUGAAACAUGCCUAAUCACAGAUAUGAAUUAAGUGCCAAUUCUUUUCAAAAGCAGUUGCCUCAGUGAAAUGUCAAUUUAUUACCACUGUAAAUUUCUUUAUGAAACACUUUUAGAAUUCAGGUACCAAGUGUUAAACUAACCAAUGCUAAAAAAAAUAAAAAAUAAA